AUGCCAACAGACAAGGGGCCAAUCUUUGCCAACCGCUCAAUCGCUGCUCAAUCGCUGCUCAAUCGCUGCUUAACCGCUGCAACUGCAAUUCUGGGUGGGACUGGCGGGACUUGGAUCUUGCUUGGCCUUUGCUUGGCUUGGGUCGAGCUGCCGUCUUGGGGGCAUCCAAGCCACGUUGUGGGCAAGAAUGGCUCCAUCGAGUCCAUCCAGUCUGCGUGCUCCAUCCAACCCACGGCCCACGAGGGCGUUCUUGGAGAUGGAGAUGGGAAGCAGCCGCCGCCGCAGCUGUCCACAGCCAACCACCGCCAAACACCGCGGGCACGUUCUCCCUUCGCGGGCGCUGAGUGGAGCAGGCAGGAGGCGGGCCAUCCUGGGUUGGGGUUGGGAUUGGGGGGAGAGGGAGAACACUCACUGGGGGGGGAAGUUGAGAAACAAGCAAUGCCAAUACUGCUAGCCCGUGCGCAGUCCCGUUUCUCGUCUGCCUCGUCUGCCUCGUCUACUUCUUCUUCUUCCUCUACUUCCUCUUCUUCCUCUUCUUCUUCUUCUUCCAAACUCUCCCUUAUCGUCGCAGCACUUGGUGUGGGUGGGGGGGGGAGGUAA